AAAUAAUGGCAGAGAGAAAUUUAAUUUAAUUUAAUUUCUCACCAAAUUAUAGUACCAAAUCUGGAAAAUGGGACAAGAUAUAUCCUCUUGCUGCUCAUAUUCCCAUCUUCCAUUCCUUUUUCCUUGAACUCAAACAGAGGAAGUUAAAAAGGGUGUUGUGAAUGCUUUCGCGCUUCGCGCUCUCUUUCGCUCUUGCUCUCGUAUUAUCUGGUACGUCCGGAAUGUCGACGGCAAAGGAGGUGGUGGAUGUGCAGGAUACGGAGGAGGAAGUGGCUGCGGCCGUGGCGGAGUACGUCGCUAAUCUAUCGAGUAAAUUUGCCCAAGAGAGAGGCAUUUUCACAGUUGUUGUGGCUGGAGGUACUCUAAUACACACACUCAGGAAGUUGGUUGAAGAGCCGUACAGUAAGUCGGUAGAUUGGUGGAAAUGGCAAGUGUUUUGGGUGGACGAGAGAAUGGUUCCACUGACUGAUAAAGAUAGCAAUUAUAAACUCGCCUACGAUGGUUUUCUCUCCAAGGUACCCAUUCCCCCUACUAACAUCCACGCCGUCAACGUCACACUACCGGCGGCCGCCGCAGCAGAAGCCUACCAAACCCUCAUCAAAACCCUAGUCGACAACAAAACCAUAGACUUCUCCAGUUCCAGUGGGUCCCCAAGAUUCGACCUCAUGUUACUCGGCAUGGGCCGCGACGGCCACGUGGCGUCCCUAUUCCCAGGCCACCCUCUCCUCAAGGAAAAGCAGCGGUGGGUCGCCGCCGUCGAGGACUCGCCAUUCCCGCCCAAGGACAGGGUCACCUUCACACUUCCGGUGAUCAACUCCGCCGCGAAUUUCGCUUUCGUGAUAACCGCCAGCGACUUGCCGGAGUGGGUUCAGGCGAUGCUGGCUGAGAAGGUGGGGAAGGCGGUGAACGAUGGUGGCUGUGGCGGUGGUGGUGGUGAGGGGGAGGGUUGUUUGCCGGUUGAGAUGGUGAAACCGGGAGGGGAGAUGAGGUGGUUUUUGGACAAGUCAACUGCUGCCAAGAUUGAGGGCUGAUAGUAAUAUCAUAUAUUUCGAUGGAAAUAAAUCUCAGUUUAAUAAAUAAAAAUGAAAAACAAAAUAGAUCUCAG